ACUGACAGGUUGCCCUCCUCCCCAAACCCCACCGCGCUUCGCAGUAGACCGACAGAGGAGUCGAAGCGGUCGAAGGUUUUGCGGCUCCGGCGUGCCGGAAAGCAAAUGCUUAGAAGACUGGAAGACUCAACUCUGAGGAACGCCCAGCCCAGGAGGAGCAAUCCAAGAUACUGACAUCAGACGUUCCUCAGUAAAGGCCCGCUCAGAGCACCCUAAGUGAAGCCCAGAGUCUGUAUGCUUCACCCAUAUAUACAGAUGUAAAAAGCUUUUGUGUCUUUUCACUCAUAAGAGUAGACAGAAAAGAAUGACCAGACUUUGGAAGAAAGCUCAGAAGUGAUAGAGACGAAAGCAAGCAGAAAAGCUAUUUGAAGUAAAACAACAGAAAAUUUCAAGAAAGCAAGAAUCAGUGCACUUGGAAAGAAAAAAAUGCCUACAUAGUAUGCUUGUUAUGUGAAUUAGCUCAUUAACUAGUAGCAUGUUACGCAUAAAAGUGGAGAAUUUACAUGGUAAAUGAAAAUGGCCAAUUCUUUAAGAGGAGAAGUACUAAAACUUUAUAAAAAUCUGCUGUAUCUUGGACGAGACUAUCCAAAAGGAGCAGACUAUUUUAAAAAGCGUUUGAAGAACAUUUUCCUUAAAAACAAAGAUGUGAAGAAUCCAGAGAAGAUCAAAGAACUUAUUGCACAGGGCGAAUUUGUAAUGAAAGAGCUAGAAGCCUUGUACUUCCUUAGGAAAUACAGAGCUAUGAAACAACGCUAUUAUUCAGAUACCAACAAAACUAAUUGAUCAUUACUACUUUAAUUUAGCUGACAAACAGCCAUUGAUCAUUACUACUUUAAUUUAGCUGACAAUCAGUGCCAGCUGUUUAUGUGUACCAGAUAAUGUGAAUUAAUUCUAACUUAAAAUGGGAAGAUAUACAUAUUGUGUAAAAAAUCCCUGAGCUGCCCUACUGAACUAAGUAGGUUUCAACUUCUGUUCAUGCUGAGAAAUUAUCAGCAACUUAAUGCUCAAUUUUGAUACAAACAUAGCAAUUUAGCUAUACUACCGAUUAUAAAUUAAUGAACACCCAAUUUUGAAUGAAAAUACAAUACACUUAAUCCUGUAACUUAAUAGGAUUUAGCCAAUUAUUUUUAGCUUAUUUCUCCAUUUUACUGACAAGAGAAUGCCAUUUACUGAAUAUUUAAUCAGCAAAAUAAUUUCUUAUUUCUCUUAACUUUUGAAAGGAAUCCCUUUUUUUUUUCACCCAAUUUGAUACAUUAACAGCACAUACUCAAGGUUCACUCCACAACCAAGUUUCUGACAAUGAUUUAAAUGUAGUUAUAGAAAUAAUAUGUGUGGAGUUAUUCUGACUUUGAAAUAGCCUGCUGGUGACUGGCAUUACAUACAUUAACUAUUCAAUUAUUUCCAUUAUUAAUGUUGCUGCUGCUACCUUUGGGCCUAAAACCAAGUCAUCUGUUGUGUAUCAAUUACCUUCUUUGAUAAAAGGAAAUAAAUAAUGUUAUUCUAUUA